UGCCUCGUUGCGGCUGCGAGACGCCAAUCAUCAGCACACCGCAUUUCAUUUUCAUCCAAGCAACUGAACCGAAAAUCUUUGGGCUGUCUGAGCCUGUCUCAUCGGGAGAAGCCAGUUCGUCGUGUUUCGUGCGGGUUUUUGGGGUUUUGGCAGCGUCCAUCGGGCUGCUUCGUGGUUUUCCGUGAUUCUUGUGUGUGUAAAGUUUCGGUUUUCUUCCUAGUCCAUCUCAGCAUGUUGAUAGUGUGGAACAUGGACAAGAGCGACAGCAGCGGCAGUUCCGAUGGCGAAGUAGUCCAUGUCGGCGGCGUCAUCCAGGUGCCACCAAAGUGGAACGGUGUGGGCUUCCGUGUGUUAGUCCGCGGUAUCCCGGUCGGGGUCAGUGACCACCAGGUCACCCAGGCCUUGAAUACCUUCCCGAAGGUGGGCAACGUCAAGGAACUGUGGAUGUCGACCAACAGCGACUCGCCGCGCUUCGGCUUUGUGGUCUUCGAGGUUAAACGGGAUGCGGAGAAAGCCGUCGACGAAGGGCUGGCUGUGGGCGGCACACCGCUGGAUGUUUCAUGGUCCACAGUUCGGAUUAUAAUCGGAAUUGCUGCGGACAACUUCGAUAAGUUCAAGGGUCUGGCUGAGUUCUUGAGACGAAAUCCGGCACCACUGGCCAAGAAGCUCCUACAGCAGCUCGCCGCGUGGGAGUAUUACAAGAAGUACAUCAAUAAGUAUGUACGACCCGAUGUGGACCACGUAGGAGGAGAGUUCGUUUUUUACGGCACGCGGGCACGUCGAAGCCUGCCGCGAAGGCUGAAUCGGAUUACAUGAAAUCACUGGGAGACCUGGAGAAGUUCGUUCGUGUGAAGGUUCCAGCCGUGUGUGACAGCCCGCAGAAGCGCGGUAGUGGCAGCCCGCAGAAGCGCGGCGGCGUAGGAGGAAGCGGCGGCGACCGCGCGUGAGGCCACUCCCCGCAACUGUCCGGAGAACGACGGCGGCGGCCGUGGCGGUUAUUAGGAGGCCCUCCCCCCUUCAUCCAGGCAUCCUCCCCCAUCGUAUCAUCCGUGUUUAAGCUCGUGGGUCGUUUUUUAACUUCCAUUAUAUUUUUUUGAUAAUAAUGUCCGUUUAGCGCUUUAUUUUCGAGCUGAAGAAUUCCUCUCGUAGUACGUGUGCGUGUUUGUACGAAGCCGCACCGGUUGUUUGUUACGUAUAGAAUGUCGUUUUCCCGGCCUUGACCAAAAAAGAGAAAUCUCCUCUCUUCGCGGUGGGUGAGAGACGGGUUUCCGAUGCUUAUCUUUCUGAUCUUGAACUUGAUGUUACUAGUUUUUUUGUGAUAAUUUUAUGAUGAAAUCGUUGGUGAUGGAUUUAUUUUCUGCAGUUAGAUCUCACAGAUAAAAAAAAUCUCCAAAGUUACCCGAU